CGCUUUCACAUAUAUUCAUUCAAAAAACAUAAAUUAGCUACGGUUGAAAUUUCUUAUAAUCAGAAUGGACUUUUAGAAGAUAUUAUUUGUCAUUUAAUGUAACUUAAAGAUUACAUAUGAAAGUCAUAUAUAUGGGUUUAAAAAAAAUAGGAGUAUGAUGAACUCAUACUUUGGAUGAUACUAUUUCUCCAUCAUGAAAAGGAUAGAAAGAUUUAGGCAAGCAAUCGUGAACUCCCCUAUCAUUUUUCUUGUGCUAUUUGUUCUGUGGUGGUGGUUCUCAGAAGAUUCCUUGGACUUUUCAUCAUCCAUAUCUAUGUUUUGUUGCUUGGCCAUCAUGGACGGACUGAGAAGGAUAGAGAGAGCCAACCGGUUGUGUGGCUGAGAGCGGUCUUCGGUCUUCCAAAGCAUGAGAAUUAGUCAGUUCGGUGCAUCCAUACUCGAUUUAAUUUGAUCCGAGUGGCCGAUCCUUCUCAUCCGUCGGUCUUCUUCUUCUUCUCCCUCCCUGAUGUGAUGUUGGUGUGUUAUUAUUCUGUCGCUUGCGGUCAAACCAAUCUCUCACGCUGUAUUUUGAAUGCACUGAGCUGGUCGACCGAGUUAAGGAUUCAUACGUCCAUGAUCUUGCUGCCUGUAUCCCAUUUAUCUGCAGACGCACUCACCGAGGGAAUGGUCUCCUCCUCCUCUGCUCGGUUCGUCGACGCCGCCCUGAGAGCCACCGGAGAAAGAGCCCUUUCCUACACCAACCACAACCUGAAACGGGUAAUCCGGAAACACCUCCUCGCACUCCUCGACGACUUCCCCACUCUCUCCCCCCGCUCGGACACCUUCACCGACGACGACGGCACCGCCUCCCACCUCCUCCAGGCGCAUGGCUUCUUGCCCAUAUCUUCCUCUAUUUCGCACGUCCUUGUGACGAUAUGGCUUCACCGGUGCUACCCUUACCAUGCGCCCGUCGUGUACGUAUUCCCCACGAACGCCCACCUCCUGCUGCCCGAUCACCCUUUCCUCGGCCCCUCGGGAGCCGUCGCUUCUCCUUACCUCCAUCGGUGGCGGUAUCCCUCGUCCAACCUCUCCCAUCUCGCACGUAACCUCGUCAAUAUCUUCGGGCUGUGCCACCCCUACCACUUCGACAUGACUCCCCCUCCCGCCACCGACGCCUCUCUAGCCUCCAAUCGGGAGGCGAUCGACCGCCUAUAUGCUCGCCUCCACCGCGACGCGAAGCAAUUCCAGCCCCGGAUCGAGGUGGAGAUCGAGCGCUUCGGGAGCGCGCAACUCGCGCUGCGUGACCGAGCUAAAACUAUCGAGUCCGGCCUGCGAGACCUCGAGGGGGAGCGGCUGAGCCUGGAGAAGUGUUUGGAGGAGAAGGCGAAGGAUGCGAAUGUGCUGUCAGCUUGGUUGCAGGAGCACGGCGGUAAGCCGCAGUCGCCGGGUGAGAUGGUAGCACUGGAGGCAGUGGAUGAGAGGGAAAGACGCAUGGUGGAGAGCGCAGCCGCGGCGGGUGCCAUCGACGACGCGGUGUGCGUGCUCGACGAAGCGCUUGCGGCGGGUGUGUUGGACUUCGGACCUUACAUCAAACAGGUGAGGUGUUUGGCGAGAGAGCAGUUCUUCCACAAGGCCUUGGUCAGAAAAAUCCAGCAGACCAGUGGAGACUUGUUGCCAUAGCGAAAUCCAUUGUUUUGUCUCCAUUUUACUACUUGUAAUCGUCUACGAUUGAGCUACAUGGUUGUGUGUAAGUCGUAGAGUUGAAGUAUAUGGUGACCCUAACCUCGCUCUCGAUAUGUAUCGGGAUAUCGAUAAAAAGACAUUUAGUUCUAUAUCAAAUCAAUCGAGAAGUAGAAAAAAUUAAGAUUUUAUAAACGAUAAAGUUAUCGUUACCUUGUAUUCAUUAAGGUUCAUCAUCAUCAAGAAUGAAUAAUUCCUCUAGAAUUCUCGUGGA